CAGUGCGGCGGAGCCGGCGGCGGCGGGCGGGCGGGUGAGGCGCCCCAUUGGGCCCCGCCGCAGGGAACCGGCCGUGGCCGCGCAGCGGGGCCGUGGGGCCGCGGGCAGGCACCGGCCGGCGGCCCCACCGGGGUUUGGCUCCAUAUCCCGCUCCCUUGCCUGCCGGUGGGGGGGGAGAGUGGCUGCGGGGACCCCAGGCAGGCAUGGUCGGCUACGACCCGGAGGCCAAGUGCGUCUCCACGGCUGAAGCGGCUGCAGCAGGAUCAGCGUCUGGCUUGGUCACUCGGGUCCUUGUCAGCCCCUUGGAUGUCAUCAAGAUCCGCUUUCAGCUUCAGAUUGAGCAGCUCUCUGCCAGAAACCCAGGGGCUAAGUAUCACGGCAUCUUGCAAGCUGCACAGCGCAUCUUCCGGGAAGAGGGGUUGGUCGCCUUCUGGAAGGGCCAUGUUCCCGCUCAGUUCCUUUCAGUUGGCUACGGAGCUGUCCAGUUCAUGGCGUUUGAAAGCUUGACAAAGCUGGUGCACAACGUCACCUCAUACAAUGCCCGCGAUUCCUUUGUGCACUUCGUCUGUGGUGGACUGGCUGCUUGCACAGCCACUGUUGCAGUUCAACCUGUUGACACACUACGCACCCGCUUUGCUGCUCAGGGUGAGCCUAAGGUCUAUCACAACCUUCGCCAUGCAGUGAUGACCAUGUACCAAACAGAAGGGCCUCGGACUUUCUAUAGAGGUUUGACCCCCACAAUCAUUGCUAUCUUUCCGUACGCUGGUUUCCAGUUCGCCUUCUACAACAUCCUGCAACAGUUUUCUGAAUGGGCGAUUCCAGCUGAAGGGAAGAAAGGAGGUAACAUUAAAAACCUUGUUUGCGGCAGCUGCGCCGGAAUCAUCAGCAAAACCCUCACUUACCCUUUUGACCUCUUCAAAAAACGACUGCAAGUGGGUGGCUUUGAGCAUGCCCGGGCGGCCUUUGGGCAGGUACGGAUAUAUAGGGGUCUCCUGGACUGCAUGAGGCAGAUCAUGCAAGAGGAGGGCCCGGGUGCAUUCUUUAAGGGCCUUUCACCCAGCUUGCUGAAGGCUGCUGUCUCUACUGGCCUUGUCUUCUUUUGGUAUGAGCUGUUCUGCAGCCUCCUGUGUGCCCUGAAGAGCAGCGAUAGCACCACGAGGAAGGAGGGCUGAAAGGGGCAUGUAUAAAGCUACCUGGUGUUCUCCUGGAGGAGGGGAAGCUGACGGCUUUGCUCUGUCUUGAGCAUGUUGGAAAUAUCAGAGCUCCCAGAGCUCCACCAGCCUGUAGGAAAUCACCUCCUGGGACCAAGCAGAAGGAGAAGGUGACGGCAGUUCUACUGAGGACGCUGAACUGCUUUGCUGGAAGCUGUUCAGCUGAGCACUUUUUUACUCCGUCUCCUCUAAUACCAGCACACGUUUAGUGGGGGGAGAGGGGAACCGAGCGGGCAGCUACCUAGCAGAGACCGCUCUGAAAAGGCAUCCUAUAAAGCAGAUGGAUUCCUGUGCUUGUCCUGGAGCGGCAGAGAGGGAUCCUGGCCUAGCUAGUGCUGCUUAACCAACGUAACACCACUUCCUAUCACUGCAUCUGCACAGCUUUAUUUCCUUGCUUGUGGCCUGCUUGUUUGCACCAUCCUCUUCUCUCAGUGUUGCUCAGGUAGCUCUGCCCUGCUGUUGUGAAGUCAGUUUAAGCCUCUCUAGUGUGCACAGACCCUCGGUUUUCCUUUUCUUUGCUGCCAGCUGCUGCUUCAUGAUCACCACGUGCCGGCUGCGCAUCCUCAGCCACCUUAAACGGAGGAUCCUCUAGGGGAUCAUGCUGACCCAAACUUUCUCUUUCUUCAACUCUGGUGAGCGUGAUUGUAUCCUGGGUGCCCAUUUCUCUUCCUGCAUGCCUUGCCAUACAUCUCUUAAGGUUUUGCAUUGCCUCAGUCACGCUUUUUACAAGUCGACCUGCAGAUUAAGAACCCUGCUCUAAGGGGAUUCAACGCACAAGCCCAAUUCUUACUUCAGGGUUCUUUGCUUCAGUGCAGUGCGUAAACAAAUGCUGUAUAGAGCUCUAGAAGUAUUAAGUCUAAGUUGGAAUAAUGAAGGAAAAGCCCUGUGGAAACUAGUAAAUGUCUUUUUUUUUUUUUUUAAUACCACUUUUGAAUGUUACUAGCAAGUAUUUCUGUAGUGGCCUCAAAGCAUUUCUGAACCUCAGUCCUAGAGUGGUGCUAACAAAUGAAAAUGUUUUGACAAGAUUAGCCAAGGUGAGAGGGGACUGAGCAUCCAGUCGGAAUGGGCUGGCGUAGCAUGGUGUUUGAUGAGAAAAGGAUGAUUGAACUAGGGCUGGAGAAGUGGUUUUGUGGAGUUUCAAAGGUUUUGUGAAUGGUUAAGAAAAAAACCCCAGACAACUCUGAUUUACAUAACAGGGGAAAAGAGGAAAAUUACUUUCUUCCGCCUCUUUUAUCCUCUGUUUUUUCAAGCUGAGCAGGGUGUGGCUGGACCAGCGCAUGGAAGGCAGACAUCCAAGGAAGAGCCGCUGUGAUACAGGAGCACGUUAGUCAUCUGGCGAGUGGUGGAUAGGGCAGAGCUCUGCAGUUAUUUAGGGGAUGGUUUGAUGGUUCUUCUCUUAACACAGAGCUUUUCGUGGCUCUUUUGCAAUAUUCAGGGUGUUAAUCCCGAAUAGCCUGGCCAAAUUCCAGCAUGACCAAUUCCAUUCUGUUGAUGCAACUUCUCCUGGCGAUUUUGAGCGUUGCUCACGUAUCCUGAACUAUUGUGAGAGGCUGUUUUUAAAGAGGAGCUGUUUCACCGGUGGCUGAGGCAUCUGGAGAGGGUCCUUGCAAGCCCAGGCCAAAUAACUUUGGGUUUGCUGUGGUCUGAGAUCUUGGAGUGUGAAGUGGCUGUUUCACUGCGGGUGACUCCGAGAGCUACGUAAAAUUAAGUUCACGGGGCAGUGUCAGUGUCAGGCAGGAGGCUUGUAUACGAGCCUAGAGGAGGGAGUGUUAGCUGCACGGGCUCUAAAAAUGGGCAGUUUUGCUUAAGGAGAAAACGCAAAGAAUGUUGAGUCAAGUUUCUCAAAGUGCCUCAAUCCUGUUGGCAUUUUCCUGUGUUACUUGGGCUCUUCUGACAUUCCCCCAAAAUCUUCUUAAUGAUAUUUUGCCUUUGUUUAUUGUUCAUCUGGUGUUCUUGGAAAGACAUGAUAACCAGUAAUGAACUUAGCCUCAUGACAUCGUGCUGAGGGAGGGAAACACCUCGUUUUGAAACAGACACAAACAGGUUGGGAUUGUUACUGUCUUUUGGCUGCUGGUAGAGAGGAAUGCUGUCAUGGCUUGCAGGGACAGCAGAACAUCUUCUGUGCUGACCUAGGCUUCCAUAGGAAAUUGGGACUCAUCUGUCCUGCCUAAACAUUACAAGACUCUUGUUUUCCACUUAAUGUCAAAGAGCUGCUGUUAAACUGCACAAAAUAGGGGGAAACCGGUUAGGAGCUCAGCAGAGGGAAUUGCAGCCUGUGGAAUGGGGGGUGAGUUGCUUUGCUUGUCACAGGGGUAAAGAAUAAAGAACAGAAAACUGCUCUGCUCUGAUGUCCCUCGAGCGUGCUGCAGAGCUGGAGGUGAUGCAGGCACGCAACUUGGCUGCUCCGCAGGGAGGGCAGCAACACAGAGUAUAGGGCAGCUCUUCCUCUCUGGGGUAGUUUUUUUCUUCCACUCUGCAUUAAAUGAGCUUGCCUCCGGCCAACAGAUGGCAAAGUCGGAGUUUUAAGUUGUUGUGCCAGGCUGGCCCAGGCUGUGGAAGAGAUGCCCCCUGGUCGGAGGGCGCUGGCACACAGCCUGGCUUAUAGAGACCUUUGGGCUAUUAGUCAUAAAUGUUAGAGGCCCCUAAAGGCAUCUGGUCUUCUAGUGAGUGAAGGAGAAAGAAGUGACAACCUCGACCAUACGAUGUUAGAAGCUGCAUCUAACGGUCGCUUCACCACUCACCUCUGGUCAGCAGCAUCCGGCCCUCUUAAAUCUCCGACGUGCGCUUUGCUAACUGGGAGUCGCUGCUGGGGAGGGGACUGUAGCAGGAACGUUCUUGUCUCUUUGGGAAUGAGGCUGGUUUAGUGCAAAGCGCUGGGAGGACAGGUCUUACUUGUGAUGCUGCUCUGGCAAAACACGCGCUGUUUGAUGCUAAAUUUCCUAGAAUUAGAGGAGCGGGCGACGGGAGAGAUCUGUACGUAGUGACCUUGUUCUUGCAUACGCUGGGGCAGAUUUGCUGGGAAGCUGUGCGCGCCAGUUCCGUUUCAAGGGACAACGCGGUGAGUGACUCGCUGCGAGCCUGCGCCGGUGUUGGCCCGUCGGGGUGGCUGGGAUUUCACUCUGAUGUAAUCCUAUCAGCGGGGAUUUGCCUUGCCUGAAAUGCACCUCGCAAGCUGCUCAGCAACUGCGCUUGUUUUCUUCUAGUGCCUUUUACCAUCCGAAUGUCCACAAGCACUUUAGCAGGCAAGGCGGGCGGCGCGGCGCUGGUUAGGGGAUCCGCCAUCGCUCUCGGCUGGCCGCGGACGGGGCAGCUUUGACGCACAAGUUCUGUGGUGAGCGCGGUUCCCUGCAGCGCCAGCUGGCUCCCCGAGUUCCUAGGACGGUGCUGUUCUCGGGGUGCUCAUCCAGAGCCACAUAGCAUCAUUUUUGAAAAGAAAUGAAUGUUUUACAGUCAGGCAUGGAAUAGAUUGUAUUUAAUUUGGGUUUAAGUUUCUCUUGGAUGUAGAACUGUAAUUCUCUGCGGCAUUUUGCUGUGUUGCCUGGGUGGAUCUUUUGCAGCUGCUGUUGUCUGAAGGCAUCUGAGCACAAAGCGCACAACGCGUGCCUGCCUUUGAGAAAAGGUACAUUAAAUAUUUUGUUAUGGUCA